AUGUUUAUAUCUAUCUAUCUAUCUAUCUAUCUAUCUAUUUCUUUUAUUUCUACCGCGCUCUCUUUCCUCCGCACCCUCUUUCCACCUCUCUCUCUUUCUACCGCUCCCUCUUUCCACCACUCUCUCUUUUCACCACUCCUUCUUUCCACCUCCCUCUCUCUUUCUACCGCUCUGUCUUUCCACAUCUCUCUCUCUCUUUCCACCGCUCUGUCUUUCCACAUCUCUCUCUUUCCACCUGUCUCUCUUUCCACCGCUCUGUCUUUCCACAUCUCUGUCUUUACACCUCUCUCUCUUUCUACCGCUCCCUCUUUCCACUUCUCUCUCUUUUCACCGCUCCGUCUUUCCAACUCUCUCUCUCUCUUUCUACCGCUCCUUCUUUCCACCUCUCUCUCUUUCCACCGCUCUGUCUUUCCACAUUUCUCUCUUUCCACCUCACUCUCUUUCUACGGCUCCCUCUUUCCACGUCUCUCUCUUUUCACCGCUCUGUCAUUCCACAUCUCUCUCUUUCCACCUCUGUCUAUCUUUCUACCGCUCUCUCUUUUCUCCUCUCUCUCUUCUUCCUUUCCGCUCCCUCUUUCCACUUCUCUCUCUUCACCGCUCCUUCUUUUCUAUUCCUCUCUCUCUCUUUUCACCGCUCUGUCUUUCCCUCUCACUCUCUUUCCACCUGUCUCUCUUUUCUACCUGCUCCCUCUUUCCACCUCUCUCUCUUUCUACCUCCCCUCUUUCUACUUCUCUCUUUUUCACCCUUCUUCUUUUCCACCUCUCUCUCUCUUUUCCACAUCUCUCUCUUUCCCACCUGUCUCUCUUUCUACCGCUCCCUCUUUCCCCCUCUCUCUUUCUUCACCUCUCCCUCUUUCUACUUCUCUCUCUUUCCCCUUCUUCUUUCCACCUCUCUCUCUCUCUUUCCCACAUCUCUCUCUUUCCACCUGUCUCUCUUUCUACCGCUCCCUCUUUCCUCUCUCUCUUUUCUACCUGCUCCCCUCAUUUCACUUCUCUCUCUUCACCGCUCCUUCUUUCUACUACCUCUCUCUCUCUUUCCACCGCUCUGUCUUUCCCACAUCUCUCUUUUCCACCUGUCUCUCUUUCUACCGCUCCCCUCUUUCCCCUCUCUCUCUUUCCCUCCCUCUUUCUACUUCUCUCUCUUUCACCGCUCCUUCUUUCCACCUCUCUCUCUCUCUUUCCACAUCUCUCUCUUUCCACCUGUCUCUCUUUCUACCGCUCCCUCUUUCCACCUCUCUCUCUUUCUACCACUCCCUCUUUCUACUUCUCUCUCUUUUUCACCGCUUCUUCUUUCCCCUCUCUCUCUCUCUUUCCAUCUCUCUUUUCCACCUGUCUCUCUUUCUACCCUCUCCCUCUUUCCCUCCUCUCUCUUUUCUACCACUCCCUCUUUCUACUUCUCUCUCUUUUCACCACCUUCUUUCCCACCUCUCUCUCUCUCUUUCCACAUCUUUCUCUUUCCACCUGUCUCUCUUUCUACCUCCCUCUCCCUCUUUCCACCUCUCGCUCUUUUCUACCACUCCCUCUUUCUCUCUCUUUUUCACCGCUUCUUCUUUCCACCUCUCUCUCUCUCCCUUUCCACAUCUCUCUCUUUCCACCUGUCUCUCUUUCUACCGCUCCUCUUUUCCACCUCUCUCUCUUUCUCCCCUCCCUCUUUCUACUUCUCUCUCUUUUCACCCACCUCCUUCUUUCCCUCUCUCUCUCUCUCUCCCCUCUUUCCACCUCUCUCUUUCCACCUGUCUCUCUUUCUACCUUUCCCUCUUUCCCACCUCUCUCUUUAUACCCCUCCUCUUUCUACUUCUCUCUCUUUUCACCCUGUCUCUUUUCUACUUCUUCUUUCCUCUCUCUCUCUCUCUCCUCUUUCCUCUCUCUCUCUUUUCCACAUCUCUCUCUUUCCCUGUCUCUCUCUCUCUUUCCACCUCUCUCUUUCUACUUUCCCUCUCCCUUUUCCCCUCUCUCUCUCUUUCUACCGCUCCCUCUCAUUUCACUUCUCUCUCUCUUCACCGCUCCUUCUUUCUACCUCUCUCUCUCUCCACCACCCUCUGUCUUUCCCAUCUCUCUCUUUCCACCUGUCUCUCUUUCUACCGCUCCCUCUUUCCCACCUCUCUCUCUUUCCACACCACUCCCUCUUUCUACUUCUCUCUCUUUUUCACCCUUCUUCUUUCCCCUUUCCUCUCUCUCUUUCCCACAUCUCUCUCUUUUCCACCUGUCUCUCUUUCUACCGCUCCCUCUUUCCCCUCUCUCUCUUUUUCUACCCUCCCUCUUUCUACUUCUCUCUCUUUUCACCGCUCCUUCUUUCCCACCUCUCUCUCUCUCUUCUCCCAUCUCUCUCUUUUCCACCUAUCUCUCUUUCUACCUCCCUCUUUCCACCUCUCUCUCUUUCUACCACUCCCUCUUUCUACUUCUCUCUCUUUUCACCGCUCCUUCUUUCCACCUCUCUCUCUCUCUUUCCACAUCUCUCUCUUUCCACCUGUCUCUCUUUCUACCGCUCCCUCUUUCCACCUCUCUCUCUUUUUAUACCACUCCCUCUUUUCUACUUCUCUCUCUUUUCCGCUCCUUCUUUCCACCUCUCUCUCUCUUUCCACAUCUCUCUCUUUCCACCUGUCUCUCUUUCUACCGCUCCCUCUUUCCACCUCUCUCUCUUUCUACCACUCCCUCUUUCUACUUCUCUCUCUUUUCACCUCUCCUUCUUUCCACCUCUCUCUCUCUUUCCACAUCUCUCUCUUUCCACCUGUCUCUCUUUCUACCGCUCCCUCUUUCCACCUCUCUCUCUCUUUCUACCGCUCCCUCUUUUCACUUCUCUCUCUUUUCACCGCUCCUUCUUUCCACCUCUCUCUCUCUCUUUCCACCUCUCUCUCUUUCUACCGCUCUCUCUUUUCACCUCUCUCUCUUCCUACCGCUCCCUCUUUCCACUUCUCUCUCUCUUCACCGCUCCUUCUUUCUACCUCUCUCUCUCUUUCCACCGCUCUGUCUUUCCACAUCUCUCUUUCCACCUGUCUCUCUUUCUACCGCUCCCUCUUUCCACCUCUCUCUCUUUCUACCACUCCCUCUUUCUACUUCUCUCUCUUUUCACCGCUCCUUCUUUCCACCUCUCUCUCUCUCUUUCCACAUCUCUCUCUUUCCACCUGUCUCUCUUUCUACCGCUCCCUCUUUCCACCUCUCUCUCUUUAUACCACUCCCUCUUUCCACUUCUCUCUCUUUUCACCGCUCCUUCUUUCCACCUCUCUCUCUCUUUUCACCUGUCUCUCUUCCUACCGCUCCGUCUUUCCACCUCUCUCUCUCUUUCCACCGCUCUGUCUUUCCACAUCUCUCUGA